AUGGGAGAUUGGCCUUGUCUCGAAGAAGGCAGUUUACUAACAUUGGUGCUUCCAUUGACUUCAUCUUUUCUCAGGAUGAAGAACGAAGACAUUGUGCAACUGUUCCAAAAUCUGAGCAAAGAAUUGGACCAGAAGCUGGAGCAACGAGCCACACUGCAGAUGGAGGAACUCCGUGCGAUACUCGACGAGCGCCUGUCGCACGUUUCGCCUCCAUUGUCGCCAGACCACGGCGGUGAGAACAGCACAGCUCCAUUGCCGACUCGAUCAGUGGGUAGACGCUCAGAUGCCGAAACCGAUUGCCGUGAGGUGAAUUCAAUCCUCAAGUCGUUAAGGGUCAAGGUACCGAGAUUCGAUGGCAGUGAGGUGGAUGACUGGAUUUAUAAGAUCAAUAAAUUUUUUGAUCUUCAUAGGGUCGAUACUACAUUAAGGCUCUCGGUGGUAGCUUUUCAUUUAGAUGGAACACCAUCAACUUGGUUCCAGUGGAUGGAGAAGGGAGGCGGUUUUGCAGAUUGGGAUUCAUUCAUUCAAGCUUUACGGAUGCGAUUUGGAGUUUCAAUUUAUGAUGAUCCAUUGGGGCGUAUAGCUAAGCUGACACAGACAGGGCGGGCAUCUCAAUUCAGAGCUGAAUUUGAGGCGCUUAUGACGAAGAUUACUGGGGUUUCGGAGCAGAUGUAUUUAAACUUCUUUGUGUGGGGUUUGAAGCUUGAGAUUCGCCGUGAAUUACUAAUCUUUCGGCCUUGUGAUUUAGCGGAUGCCAUGGCCAAAGCGCAACUAUUUGAAGAUCAGAAUGAUGAUAUGGUGAAUUGUUCACGGACGAGCAAUACUCGUUCGGGGUGGCUGCCUAAACAGGGGCAGAAUUUGGGGUCACCGAGCAGUGGACCAGGUUUCACCGUUCCUACUGGAACCCACUCCAAUACCCAAUCAUUGUCGGGAGCUAAGCAAGCCGCAGCGCCUCUUCCCAUUAAACGAUUGACUCCGUCUGAGAUGCGGGAUAAACGAGAGCGUGGCCUCUGUUUCACUUGCGAUGAGAAAUACAUUUUCGGUCACAAAUGUAAGAAUCGGGUUUUGGUUUUAUGUGGUACGGAUGAAGAUAACGAUACACUACUCUCACCGGAGGAGGAAGAGACAACUGAUGGGGACGACAAUAAUGUCGAUGAGGUUAGCUUGAAUGCCUUAUCAAACUCAGCUAAUCCUCGGAUUUUUCGGAUACAGGCCAAACAGGGGGAAGAAAAGCUUGAAGUGCUGAUUGAUACCGGCAGCAAUAACAAUUUCAUUCAGGAAUCAUUGGCUACUCAGUUGCGUUUGCCAUGGGAGGAAACGAAACGGUUUAAAGUAUAUAUGGGUAACGGAAAUUUUCUGAUAUGUUCAAAGUUGUGUCGGGGUGUUGAGCUGGUUUUGCAGGGGCAUCUGUUUGUUGUUGAUUUAUACAUCCUGCCGAUCUACGGUCUUGAUGUUGUACUGGGUCCGGGGGCUGUAUACACUGAUGGCUGUAAUGGAGGACACAAAAACUCGAGGGCACCUGAGUUGACAGAGCUAGAAGCUACAUUUUCAUCGCUGGGUAAGGGACUUCUCUCUGAAUUUUCUGAUGUGUUUGAUGAACUCAAACAGCUACCGCCCUAUAGAGCAGUGGACCACAAGAUUCGCUUACAGCCAGGAUCAUUGCCAGUGAAUGUACGGCCUUAUAGGUACCCUUAUUUUCAGAAAGAUGUGAUGGAGCAGUUGGUUAAUGAAAUGCAGACAGCGGGCAUUAUUCAAGCUAGCACCAGCCCCUAUUCCUCACCCGUGCUUCUAGUAAAGAAAAAGGAUGGGUCAUGGCGUUUCUGUGUGGAUUAUAGAGAAUAG